GGCGGAGCGGAAGUCGUCGUCACGCCUUCGCCGCUUGAUUCCGGGUAAAACCCAGAGCAUGAAGUCUUCCGGAUCACUUCCGUGUUGGUUUGUUUUGGGGCAAACAUUGGACCUCAGACCCGGUUUUGGUUCUCUCCGGAACCUUCCGGACUCCUUCUAUCAACUUUAAAAUCCAGCCUCCGGGACCGGGUCGGAACCCGAUCCUGUCAGUCCGAGCAGACCGAACACAGUCUUCUGGUCUGAAUGGCCACAGCUGCGGAGGAGCCGCCAGGACUUCAGGAUCUCAAUUCUCCGGCUGCAGGCAGACAUGCGGCGGCGGCGGCGGCGGAGGGGGCGAGCGGCGGCAUGUCCCAGGCCGCCAAGAAGACCAUCGGCCAUCGAGGAAUCGACCCCAAAGGGGAGACCACCUACAAGAAGACCGCCUCGUCCACGGUGAAGGGCGCCAUCCAGCUGGGCAUCGCGCACACGGUGGGCAGCCUGACGCAGAAGCCGGAGCGAGACGUGCUGCUGCAGGACUUCGAGGUGGUGGAGAGCUUCUUCUUCCCCAGCGAGGGCAGUAACCUGACUCCGGCUCAUCACUACGGAGACUUCAAGUUCAAAACCUACGCUCCCAUCGCCUUCCGCUACUUCCGGGAGCUGUUCGGGAUCCGGCCCGAUGACUACAUGUGCUCCCUGUGCAAUGACGGUCUGAUCGAGCUGUCGAACUCCGGCGCCAGCGGCUCUCUGUUCUACGUCUCCAGCGACGACGAGUUCAUCAUCAAGACGGUGCAGCACAAAGAGGCGGAGUUCCUGCAGAAGCUUCUGCCCGGAUACUUCAUGAACCUGAACCAGAACCGGCGGACCUUACUCCCAAAGUUCUACGGGCUGUACUGCGUCCAGGCCGGAGGCAAGAACAUCCGGAUCGUGGUGAUGAACAACCUGCUGCCGAGCGCCGUCCACAUGCACAGCAAGUACGACCUGAAGGGCUCCACCUACAAGAGGCGGGCCUCGGCCAAAGAGCGGGAAAAGGCCAUCCCCACCUUCAAGGACCUGGACUUCAUGCAGGACAUGCAGGAGGGGCUGCUGCUGGACGGGGACAAGUACAUCGCUCUGUGCAAGACCAUCCACAGAGACUGUUUGCUCCUGCAGAGCUUCAAGAUCAUGGACUACAGCCUCCUGCUGGCCAUCCACAACGUGGACCAGGCCGCCGCCGAGGCGGUCGCCGGGACCUCGGACCAGCGCCGGCCGCAGGGCCAGAAGUCUCUGUACAGCACGGCCAUCGAGUCCAUCCAGGCCGAGGGCGGAGCUAUGGCUUCAAUGGAGUCGGAGGACGAGACGGGCGGCAUCCCGGCGCGGAACGCCAAGGGGGAGCGGCUGCUGGUGUACAUCGGCAUCAUCGACAUCCUGCAGUCCUACAGACUGGUGAAGAAGCUGGAACAUUCCUGGAAAGCUCUGGUUCACGAUGGGGACACCGUGUCGGUCCACAGACCGCGCUUCUACGCCGAACGAUUCGAGAAGUUCAUGUGCAACCGCGUCUUCAAGAAGAUGCCGCUGAAGGGCUCCCCGUCUAAGAAGCGGCGUGCCAACGGUCCGGGGAAGAAAGGCGUGGGCUUCGGGCCGUCUCUGUCCACGCAGAGCAGCAUCAGCCAGCAGCCCCCCCUCUCUGUGCAGGCCGGCUGGGACGGCGUGGAGGGCGGCGAGGUCGACAGCGCGAUGCAGUCGGACCGCCCUGACCUCCUCCCCAGGACGCCGGCUGCCAGCGGCGCCGCCAGCACUCCCAAAGCCCCACUUCACUCCUCCGCAGGAGCAGAGGCGUCUCCUGUGAACCCGGCAGUGGAGGGGAGCGACGGGACAAAGGAUGAGGAGGACAGCGCCCCCAUGAGGCCCGCCGGACCCGUGGAUCCUCAGUGAUGCCGGCGCUCUCUGAGUAGAUCUAUAGAUCUGGGAUCAGCAGAACCAAAACAAACGUGGAGAACCUUCAUCCUGAAGCGUUUCCACGCCGCGGCGUCCUCCGGACUCCAGAACAAAUACUAACAAAGUCUUAGAGUGUAAGUGAGAACCAACUGCUAUUUCAGAGAUUUUCUGUUGUUGUUUUGCACUUUGAUUUGUAAAUGACAGCAUUCAUUCCUGUGCAGCUGGUGUCUGUGGUGUUACACUAACUAACCUGAAUGAUUAGAGUGGGUGGUUGACACUAUCACGGAUCACAACCAGAUUCUUCAUGGUUCAGUUUUUACUGGUUUUACUCAGUUUAGUUUGUGUGCCUUAUUUUUGACCCCCCCCACCCCCCUUCACAAACUGUCCCGGGGGUUUGAGCGUGACUAACGGACGCUGCGACUCCAACGCGCUCGCCGCCGGCGUUUCGCUGCUUUUCUCUACUCCGCUGGAACGGAUGGAUCCCAAAUCCGGGAUUCCAUUCUGAUCAGGAGCCUCAGCGGGAGAACCUUGAAUGUGAUCGGAAUCAAACGCUCCAAACGCAGGAAGACGGUCCUCACCGCAGCUUCCUGCAGGUUCUACUGUAGAAUCACAACUUUCUGCCGGAUUCUUUCAGACGGACUGUGAUGUCAGAAAGACUUAAAUGAUCGUUUAAAUGGUUUAUCUUGAAAUAAACUCGUGCACAGGAACAGAUGCUGUUUACCUUUUUAAAGCAGGAAAAGAUUUAGACUUUUAUUCCACAUUCUAGAGAUGAAUCUGUUUGUUGUUUCUGUAAAUGUUUCUCAUUGAACCCCAAGUUUAUAGUGACAUUGAAAAAGAAUAAGGAGGUUAAAUCAUGUGAUCGGGCGUCUGAAUAACGAGGUCUGUGUCCUGAAGCUCAGCGAAUGGCAGAUCAAACCGGAACGAUCUGCAGAACAGUUCUGUUCAUGUUUGGACUGAAAUGUUCCUCGUUGACGUCACCUGCUCCGUUCAGCCUAACAGGAACAUUUUCAGUGAAGCGGCGUCCGCUGAGACGGACCUCGUCCACGGUACAGAGACGGCUUCAGCCUAAACGUCACUUCAAGCUUGUUUUCAUUCACACUAUAUUGAUGUUUUCAUCAUGACGAUUGUCAUUAAACUACAAACAUGUAUUCAGAUUAUUUUAAAUCUUACAGUUUUAAUGUUAAAAACACAAACUAUGCAACCAAAUCCUUAAAUAAUAACACACGUGUGACCAAAUGAAUAAAAUGUAUAAGAUGUCAAAGUGAUGGACGAACUCCAAACCUCACAUUUGUACAUGAACAGUAUGGGAACUACUUCCUCUCAGUAUGAACCAAACAAGUGAAUGUAUUCGUAUUUAUUGGGAUAUUUAUUGUCUUGUUUUCUGGGGUAUUUACAUUCCAAGGGCUUAAAAAUGUUCAUUUAUUUAGUAAAACUAACUUUGUAGAAAGUGUUUUUGCCUUUUUCUUCAUUUAUAAAUCAUGAUGAUCUUAACAGCUGUAAAAUCUGCUCUUAUUCUUUAUAUUCUGAAUGUUUGUCUUUCAAAAUGUACAUAGAGAUAUAUCAGGAUAAGAAUCACAGUCGUGCCUUUCUACAGAAUAGAGUGAUAGGACAUUUUCAAGUUUUCUCGCACAUUAUAGCAAUGUUCUAUUUUGUACUCUUGUUUCUAAAGUUAUUAAAAAAAUAAAGAAAUGUGUGGA